AUGGCUCCUCCAGUUUGGACUCUGAUGAUGCUGGUGGGGGCUGCCUGGGGCCAGGCCAUUCUCUCAAAAUGUGACUUUGAAGACAAUUACAGACCCCUCUGUGACUGGUCUCAAAUGUCUACAGAUGAUGGGGACUGGGUUCAAACUUCUGGGCCCUCCCCCACUGGCACUUCUGGACACCCUGGAGGGUACCCCAGUGGAGAGGGCUACUACCUGCACAUGGAUGCCAACGCCUUCCCCCAGGGUGGAGUGGCACGCCUACGAAGCCCUGAUAUAUGGGAGCAAGGCCCACUCUGCAUCCAUUUCGCCUACCACAUGUUUGGGCUGUCAUGGGGCGCCCAGCUCAAACUGAUGCUGCUCAGGGGCUGGAGGACUCAGCGGCCCAGUGUGCUCUGGAAACACGUGAACACCCAGAGUCCCUCUUGGAUGCCCACCAGUGUCACGGUGCCCACGGAUAGAGAUCUACCAAGCUGGCUGAUGUUUGAAGGAAUGCGGGGAAAUACCACUUACCUGGACAUCUCUCUGGAUCGGAUCUCUAUCAGUCGGGGUACCUGCAAUCAGAUCUGCAUGUCACAGAUGUGCACCUUUGAUACUCUAAACGAUCUCUGCGGCUGGAGUUGGGUCCCGACUGCCACGGGAGCGAAGUGGACCCAAAGGAACGGAUGGUCAGGGAAGCUAGGCGUGGGGCCUGAUGAUGACUUCUCUAGCCCUGGGAAGGGCUUCUACAUGCUCUUGGAUUCCGUGAAUGCAAGGCCGGGUCAGAAAGCUGUCCUUUUGAGUCCCCCGAGCCAAUCCAGUGGCUGCCUGACUCUGUCUUUCCGAUACACCCUGCAUGGAGAGUCUCCCGGUGAAGGCCUCUUUGUCUACUCUACGUACUUGGGCAAUAUCCGCAAACACACCCUGUUCUCAGGACAACCCGGAUCCAACUGGCAACCUGUGUCUGUCAAUUACACAGGACAGGGACAGAUACAGUUCAUGAUAGUGGGUGUGUUUGGAGAGCAGCCGGAGCCAGCAGUGGCUGUGGAUUCCAUCAGCAUUGCUCCCUGUGGGGAGAGCUUUCCCCAUUGCGACUUUGAAGACAGAGUUCAUCCUUUCUGUGAAUGGAACCACGUGUUUGGGGAUAUUGCACACUGGAGCUGGGGAAGUAAAAGUAUACCCACCCCCAUCUCAGGACCACCAAGAGAUUUCCCUUAUGGAGGGGAGCACUAUAUCUACUUUGAUUCACUCAAGUUAUCCCAGGCAGGACAGUCUGCCAAACUGGUGAGUCCACCCUUCUGUGCCCCUGGGGAUGUCUGCGUGGAGUUUGCUUACCACAUGUAUGGCCUUGGAGAAGGAACCACACUCAAGCUCCUUUUGGGGAGUCCUGCGGGCAAUUCUCCGAUUUCUCUGUGGAGCCGUGUUGGGUCUCAGAGCACUAGCUGGCUGAACUCCUCCGUCACCAUCCCUAAGGGAUAUCCACAGCCCAUGCAGUUGUUUUUAGAGGCCACCAGUGGUAGCAGUGCUGCUUUUGCUGUUGCUGUGAAUUUCAUCUUGAUCAAUCAUGGGCCAUGUCGAGUGUCAUUGGCCCCGAAAGUGCUUCCUGGCAGGCCUCUAGUUCUACCCACUAUCCCCACAGAAAUGAUUGUCCUCACAGAAGUGACUACAGUCCUCAUAGGAAUGAUGACUGUCCCCACAGAAGCAACCACAGUCCCCCCAGAAACUACUGUCCCCACAGAAGUAACCACUGUUCCCACAGAAACGACUGUCCCCACAGAAGUGACCACAGUCUUCACAGGAACGACUGUCCUCACAGAAGUGACCACCAUCCCCAGAGAAGCGACCACAGUCUCCACAGAAGUGACCACUGUCCCCACAGUAAAACCCUCUGUCCCCACUGAAGCGACCACUGUCCCUGAAGAAGAGUGGAUCAUAGGUCCUAAAGAUGAAUGGACCGCAGGUCCUGAAGAAGGGAUCACAGUUCCUGAAGAAGGGACCAGUGUCCCCACAGAAGGACCAAGUCCUUCACAGGCUCUGAGUAUGUCCCUGAUCAACAUCGUCCCACCCAUCACUGCAACCACAGAGAGCUGCCCACAAAAUGCCCACUAUGAAUCCUGCGCGUGCCCUGCAUCCUGUGAGAGCCCCAAGCCCAGCUGUGGACACCUCUGCACUCCAGGCUGUGUCUGCAAUCCUGGCUUUUUGUUUAGUAACAAUGAGUGCAUCCAUGCGUCUUCCUGCAAUUGCUUCUACAGCAACACCUACUAUAAGCCUGGAGAAGAGUGGUUCAGUCCCAACUGCAUGGAGCGGUGCCGCUGCUUGCCUGGUAGCCGGAUGGAGUGCCAGAUCUCUCAGUGUGGGACACACACAGUGUGCAAGCUGAAGAACGGCCUGUAUGAAUGCCAGCCCUAUGGCACUGCCACCUGCCUGGUCUAUGGGGACCUUCACUUUGUCACCUUUGAUGAGAGGCACAUUAAUUUCACCGGGACAUGCGCCUACAUUUUGACCCAAACCUGUGACAACUCUACAGACCAAUUAUUUAGGAUAAUAGUGCAAACUCAUGAGCGGGGACUACAAGGUGUGUCCUGCCUGAACAAAGUCUUCAUCAGUCUGUCGGAUAUCACAAUUACCCUGCUUAAGGGCAAAUAUAUACUGGUUGGGGGUCAGAAAGUCACUCUCCCAACCAUACCUUUUAAUGGCGUCUUCCUGAGUUCCAGUGGGCGAUUUGUGGAGCUGAGAACGACAUUUGGUUUGCAUGUGAGAUGGGAUGGUGACCAGCAGCUUUUUGUAACCUUGCCCAGCACCUAUUCAGGUAAAAUCUGUGGUUUCUGUGGAAACUAUGACGGGGACGGCAGUAACGACUACCUGAAGCAGGAUGGCACCUGGGCCCACAGUGAGGAGGAGCUGGGGAACAGCUGGCAGUUGAAAGAUGACACAAACUCUUCUACCCUUGCUGACUACUUGGGCUGGGUCUCUUCCAGGUGUCCAACGAGUGAAAAGAAACCCUCGUCUUGUGAUUCAGCCUUGAGGAGCCAUAUGUUGGGAUCCAAGUACUGUGGCCAACUUGUUGACUCCCAGGGAACCUUUGAGGCAUGUCUGCUCCACCUGAAGGCCUCGUCCUUUUUGGAAAACUGUGUAACUGACAUGUGCAGUUUCCAGGGUCUCGAACAGAAGCUGUGUGAGCACAUGUCAGUCAUGACUGCGACCUGCCAGGAUGCUGGCUAUGCCGUGAAAUCCUGGAGGGAACCCCAAUUCUGCCCCCUGGUCUGUCCUCAACAUAGCAAGUACUCUCUAUGUACCUCGCCAUGCCCAGAAACCUGCCACCCGGAAUUUCCUGCCAAGCCCUGCCCAGGCCAGUGUGUGGAAGCCUGUGAGUGUGAUCCUGGCUUCGUCCUCAGUGGCUUGGAGUGUGUCCCUCGAACCCAGUGUGGGUGCCUCAGCUCUGAGGGGCACUACUUCAAGAUUCAGGAGCAGUGGUUUAAGCCGUACUGCAAAGAGCUCUGCACCUGUGAAGGCAACAACACUAUUAGCUGCCAGGCCUGGAAGUGUAAGGCCCAGGAGGCCUGUGGCCAGAAGAAUGGCAUAUUAGGCUGCCAUGCCCAAGGGUCUGCCACCUGCUCUGCCUUUGGUGACCCCCACUACCUGACAUUUGAUGGAGCCUUGCACCGUUUUAUGGGUACCUGCACUUACAUCCUGACCCGGCCUUGCUGGACUGGGUUUCUAGAGAACAACUUUAUCGUGAGCACCACCAAUGAACACCGUAAUGGCAACUUGGAAAUCUCCUAUGUCAAAGCUGUCCACAUACAGGUCUUUGACCUCAAAAUCUCCCUGAUCAAAGGUCGAAAGGUCGUGGUGAAUGACCAUCGAGUGGCUCUACCUGUGUGGCCUUCACAAGGCCGGGUGACCAUUAGGUUGAGUGGCAUCUUUGUCCUGCUCUACACGAACUUUGGGCUUCAAGUUCGUUAUGAUGGAAACCACCUGGUGGAGGUGACGGUGCCCUCCUCCUACAUGGGCAUGCUCUGCGGGCUGUGUGGGAACUAUAACAAUAACAGCUUGGAUGACAAUCUGCGUCCAGACAAGAUGCCUGCAGACUCACUUCUGCUGGGACCUGCCUGGAAGAUGCCAGAAAUCUCUGAGCCUGGCUGCUUCUUGGUUGGGGGCAAGUCUUCCACCUGCCAGGAGAACAACAUGGAGAACAUCUGGAAUGAAAACUGCGACAUCUUGAUAAACCCUCUGGGGCCUUUCUCCCAUUGCCAUGGGGUGGUGUCCCCACAGGCCAGCUUCUCCAGUUGUGUGUAUAGCCAGUGCGGGACCAAAGGAGAUGUUGUGGCCCUGUGCCAUUCCCUGCAUGCCUACGCAUCCCUGUGUGCCCAAGCUGGCCAGGUGACUACCUGGCGCAACAGGACUUUCUGCCCCCUGAGGUGCCCACCCAGGAGCAUCUACAAACCAUGUACCAGCCCCUGCCCAGCCACCUGCCUCACCCUCAGCACCUCAAGGGACUGUCCCACUGCUCUGCCCUGUAUUGAAGGCUGUGAAUGCCAGGAAGGCCACAUCCUGAGUGGAACCACCUGUGUGCCCCUCAGCGAGUGUGGCUGCAGUGACCAGGGAGGCUCCUAUCACCUGUUGGGGGAGAGCUGGUAUUCUGAGAAGACCUGCACCACCUUCUGCACCUGCUCCAACCGCAACAACAUCACCUGCAGCCAAACCCACUGCGAGGCCAACCAAGUUUGCUCAGCCCACGAUGGGCUGCUCCGUUGUGCUGCAGAGACAGGAGUAUGCCGCAUCUCAGAGGAGUCCCAGGUCAUGAGCUUUGAUGGCCAUGGCCAUCCUUUCCAUGACACAUGCACUCAUGUCCUGGUCAAAGUGUGCCAUCCCAACAUGGACUUGCCUUUCUUCACCAUCAGUGCCAAGACUGAAGAGAAGCCCCAAAGUAAAACUGGGACCUUCCAUGUCCACCAACUCCACAUUGAUAUCUUCUCUUUCCAUGUCACCCUACAAAACAACCAUAGAGUCCUGGUGAGCUGGAUCAAUGACAUGCUGGUCACCCUUCCUGCCACGACCCAGAUCCCAGGGCUCAGCAUUGUGGCCAAAGAUGUCUACACAAUUGUCACAAUUAAGGAUGAACUUCAAGUCAAAUUUGAGAGCAAUAAUUUCUUAAAUAUUCAAAUCCCUACAUCCUGCCAUGGAAAGGUCUGCGGUGUAUGUGGGAACUUCAAUGGUGAGGAAGAGGAUGAACUAAUGAUGCCCAAUGAAGAACUAGCCCAAGAUGAGCAGGAGUUCAUGAACAGUUGGAAAGAUAAGAACAUAGACCCAAAUUGCCAGAAGGUUAAAGAAGAAGAGAUCAUCCAAGUGGAACCACAGGAGAUCAUGAAUGGCAAAUGCAGGCCCACUGACUUCCAGAGGGCCCAGGCAAAUUGUCAAACCACCCUGCAGGCCCCAUCCUGGGCCCAGUGUACCUCUCGGGUGACCCUCAAGCCCUUCUUGCUGGGCUGUAUUAACAACUUCUGUGAGUUUAGAGAACUCUUUCGUGCUCUCUGUGAGGCUCUGCAGGCCUUCGCAGCUGCCUGCCAGAACCAGGGACUCCAGCCACCUAUCUGGAGGAAUAGCAGCUUCUGCCCCCUGGAAUGCCCAGCCCACAGUUACUAUUCCAACUGCCUUCCCUCCUGUCCACCUUCCUGCUUGGACCCAGACAGCCUAUGCGAGGAUACCAGCCACAGAGUCCCCUCCACCUGCAAGGAGGGCUGCCUCUGUCAACCUGGCUACGUGCUGAAUAAUAACAAGUGUGUGCUCAGAAUGCAGUGUGGUUGCAAAGACGCCCAGGGUAGCUUCAUCCCGGAAGGCAAGACCUGGAUCUCCAGAGGCUGUGCCGAGAGCUGUACUUGCACGGGAGGGGUCAUCCAGUGCUGGAAUUUCCAGUGUCCCUCAGGGACUCAGUGCCAGGACAGUGAAGAUGGCAGCACCAACUGCACCAAAAUCACUCUACACUGCCCAGCUCACAGCCAUUAUGUUAACUGCCUGCCUUCCUGUCUACCUUCCUGUUCGGACCCGGAUGGCCAAUGUGAGGGUAACAGAACUAAAGUCCCCUCCACCUGCAAGGAGGGCUGCCUCUGUCGACCUGGCUAUGUGCUGAAUAAUAACAAGUGUGUGCUCAGAAUUCAUUGUGGCUGCCAAGACACUCAGGGUGUCUUCAUUCCAGAAGGCAAGACCUGGACCUCCAGAGGCUGUACGCAGAGCUGUGCCUGCAUAGGAGGGGCCAUCCUAUGCCGGAAUUUCCAGUGUCCCUCAGGGACCUCCUGCAAGGAGAGUGAUGACGGCAGCAGUAACUGUGACAAAAUCACUCUACAGUGUCCUGCCCUCAGCCACUACACCAACUGCCUUCCUUCCUGUCUACCUUCCUGCUCGGACCCAGAUGGCCUCUGCGAGGGCACCAGAUUCAAAGUCCCCUCCACCUGUAAGGAGGGCUGUGUCUGUAAUGCUGGCUAUGUGCUAAAUAAUGACAAGUGUAUGCUCAGAAUUCACUGUGGCUGCAAAGACACCCAGGGUGCUCUCAUCCCGGCAGAUGAGACCUGGAUCAACAGAGGCUGUACCCAGAACUGUACCUGCACGGGAGGGGUCAUCCAGUGCCAGAAUUUCCAGUGUCCCCCAGGGACUUACUGCAAGGACAGUGAUGAUGGCAACAGUAACUGCGCCAAAAUCACUCUGCAGUGUCCUGCCCACAGCCUUUAUACCAACUGCCUUCCCCCCUGUCUACCUUCCUGCUCAAACCUGGAUGGCCUCUGUGGGGAUACCAGCUCCAAAGCCCCCCGCCCCUGCAAGGAGGGCUGUGUCUGUGGAUCUGGCUAUGUGCUGAAUAAUGACAAGUGUGUGUUCAGAAGUCAUUGUGGCUGCAAAGAUGCCCAGGGUGCUUUCAUCCUGGCAGAUAAGACCUGGAUCAACAGAGAUUGUACACAGAGCUGUAACUGCACUGGUGGGGCCAUCCAGUGCCAGAAAUUCCAGUGCCCCUCAGGGACUUACUGCAAGAAAAACAAUGAUGGCAACAGUAACUGCACGAAAAUCACUCUGCAAUGUCCUGACCACAGCAAUUUCACCAACUGUCUCCCUUCCUGUCUACCUUCCUGUUCCAACCUGGAUGGCUGGUGCAAGGGCACCAACCUUACAAUCCCCUCUAUCUGCAAGGAGGGCUGUGUCUGUCAACUUGGCUAUGUGCUGAAUAAUGACAAAUGUGUACUCGGAAAUCAGUGUGGCUGCAAAGAUGCACAAGGUGCUCUCAUACCGGCAGACAAGACCUGGAUCAACAGAGGCUGUACCCAGAACUGUACCUGUAUUGGAGGGGCCAUCCAGUGCCAGAACUUUCAGUGUCCCUCAGGGACUUACUGCAAGAACAGCAAUGACGGCAGCGAUCACUGCACCAAAAUCACUUUGCAAUGUCCAACCUACAGCCACCACACCGACUGCCUUCCCUCCUGCCUACCUUCCUGCUCAGACCCUCAAGGCCUCUGUGAGGGCACCAGCUCCAAAGUUCCCUCCACUUGCAAGGAGGGCUGUGUCUGUCAACCUGGCUAUAUAUUGAAUAAUGGCAAGUGUGUGCUCAGAAGUCAUUGUGGUUGCAAAGAUACACAGGGUGGCCUCAUUCCGGCAGGCAAGACCUGGAUCUCCACAGGCUGUACCCAGAACUGUACCUGCAUGGGCGGGGUUGUUCAGUGCUGGAAAUUCAACUGCCCCUCAGGGACUCAGUGCCAGGACAUUGAGGAUGGCAGCAGUAGCUGUGGUGAAAUCACUCUACAGUGCCCUGGCCACAGCAGCUAUACCAACUGCCUUCCAGCCUGUCCACCUUCCUGCUCGGACCCAGAUGGCCUGUGCAAGAGCACUAGUACCAAAAUCCCCUUUACCUGCAAGGAGGGCUGCCUCUGUCAAUCUGGCUAUGUGCUGAAUAACAACAUGUGUGUGCUCAGAAAUCAGUGUGGCUGCAAAGAUGCUCAGGGUGCCCUCAUCCUAGCAGGCAAGACUUGGAUCUCCCGUGGCUGUACCCAGAGCUGUACCUGCACCGGAGGGACUAUUCAGUGCUGGGACUUCAAAUGUCCGUCAGGGUCUCACUGCCAGCACAGUGAUGAAGGCAAUAGUAACUGUGCUGUCAACAAUCCUCAAUGCCCAGAACACAGCUACUUCACCAAUUGCCUUCCCUCCUGUCUCCCUUCUUGUGUGGACCCAGAGGGCCUCUGCAAGGGCACCAGCACCAAAGUCCCCACCACCUGCAAAGCGGGUUGUCUCUGUUUACCUGGCUAUGUGCUAUAUAAUGGCUUAUGUAUACUCCCAAAUUACUGUGGCUGCAGAGAUGCCCAGGGUGGCCUCAUUGUGGCAGGCAAGACCUGGAUCUCCCAUGACUGUACCCAGAGCUGUGCCUGCACAGGAGGAACCAUUCAGUGCCAGGACUUCAAGUGCCCCAUAUGGUCAUUCUGCCAGCACAACAAUGAUGGCACCAGUAACUGUACCCCCAACUAAGGAGCCAUGGGGGAAGGUUUAGAGGGUGUGCUCAUGGCUGGAGGAUCAGAAGCCCUAAGAUGCCCACCUGGCUUCCGCUACACAGACUGCCUUCCCUCCUGCCCACCUUCCUGCUCAGACCCGAAUGGCCUCUGUGUGGGCACCACCUCCAAAGUCCCCUCCACCUGCAAGGAGGGCUGCAUCUGUCAAUCUGGCUAUGUGCUGGAUAAUAACAAGUGUGUGCUCAGAAUUAACUGUGGCUGCAAAGAUGGGCAGGGUGGCCUCAUCCAGCCUGGCCAGAAGCGGAUCUCAAGUGGCUGUACCCAAAUCUGUACAUGCAAGGGAGGGGCCCUUCAGUGUCGGAAUUUCCAGUGCCCCUCAGGUUCCUACUGCCGACAAAGUAAUGAUGGCAACAGUAACUGUGCCUUCGUCAGUAAGGGAGCUCUAGUUCUGCAGUGUCCAGAUAACAGCCACUUCACUGACUGCCUUCCCCCCUGUCCUCCUUCCUGUUCCAACAUGGAUGGCCGCUGUGAGGGCUCCAGCACCAAAGACCCCUCUUCCUGCAAGGAGGGCUGUGUCUGUCACUCUGGCUUCGUGCUCAAUAAGGACAAGUGUGUGCCCAAAAAUCAGUGUGACUGCAAAGACCUCAAGGGUGACAUCAUCCCAGUGAGUGGACGUGGAAAAGGGAAUUGCAAAACCUGGAUCUCCAGUGGCUGUACCCAGAGCUGUACCUGCAUGGGAGGGUUAAUCCAGUGCCAGGACUUCAGCUGCCCUUCAGGGUCUCACUGCCAGCACAGUGAUGAUGGCAGCAGUAACUGUGCUGUCAACAAAUUGGAACAAUGUACCAUCUUUGGGGACCCUUAUUACCGCACAUUCGAUAACCUCAGCUACCGUUUCCUGGGUCGUAUGAACUACUAUCUCAUAAAGACAGUGGACAAGCUCCCAGAGGGGAUUGAACGCCUUGUCAUGAAGGGGCGCAACAAAAUAUCCUCCAAAGGGAGUCCGGUCCUAUAUGAAGUGACCACCAUUGUCUAUGGCUAUAAAGUUCAGCUCCAAGCAGGUCUGGUGGUUUUGGUCAACAAUCAAAAGGUGGCGAUCCCCUACAGUCCAAACAAUCACCUACGGGUCAUCAUGCGAGCUCAGCGGCUGUAUCUCAUCACUGACUUUGAGAUGGUGGUGGACUUUGAUGGAAAGCACAGUGCAGUGAUCUUCCUGCCUACCACAUACCGUGGGAUGAUACAGGGCUUGUGCGGAAACUAUGACAAGAACCGGGACAAUGAUUUAAUGUUGCCCAGUGGAGUUCCCACAGCAAACCUCAAGGUCUUUGGCAACAGUUGGGAGGUGAAAGUGGUGGACACUCUCUUUCGCAUCCCAAGGGCCCUACAAGAGGAAGAACAGGGAGAAGAGGAAGAAUCUGACCUUCUCCCAUCAGAAUGCACCCCGGAGCAGCUGGCAGUCAUCAGCAGCACCAAGGCCUGUAGGGUGCUGGUGGACCCCCAGGGCCCCUUUGCUGCCUGUCACCAGAUUAUAACCCCAGAGCCCUUUGAGCAGCACUGUAUGUCUGAUAUGUGCACUGGUUGGGACCCCAAAGAAGAAGAAGAACUGCGCUGCCAGGUCCUCAGUGGCUAUGCCAUCAUUUGCCAGGAGGCAGGUGCCAACAUGACUGGCUGGCGGGACCAGACACACUGUGCCAUGACGUGUCCAGCCAAUACUAUGUACCAGAGCUGCAUGACACCUUGCCCAGCAUCCUGUGCCAAGUUCGUGACCCCUAAGAUCUGUGAGGGCCCUUGUGUGGAAGGCUGUGCCAGCCUCCCAGGCUAUAUCUACAGUGACACUCAGAGCCUCCCAGUGACACACUGUGGCUGUACCACCAAUGGCAUCUACUACAAGCUGGGUGACAGCUUCGUGACAGAGGAUUGUUCCCAAUAUUGCACCUGUGCAAGCCAGGGGAUCCUGCUGUGUGAGCCGUAUGGAUGCAGAGCUGGAGAGAUGUGCACUGUGGGAAACUUCACCCGAGGCUGCUUCCGGGACAGUCCAUGUCUCCAGAACCCCUGUCAAAAUGAUGGCCAAUGUCAGGAGCAGGGGGCCAACUUCAUCUGUCACUGUGACCUCGGUUAUGGAGGAGAACUCUGCACAGAGCCUGAGGACAUCCCACCCCGCAAAAAGCCAGAAUCGUCCAGCUUUGUGGCCAUCCUGCCAGGAGUGCUGGUGAUAGUGUUGGUCCCUGUCUUAGUGCCCAGAGUGUAUGUUUACAUGAUGACAAGGAGGAGGAGGACAGGACUACGAUGA